AUGAAGCCCGUCGAGGACGCAGGCCUCCUGGCGCACUACUUCAUCACGGCCACAUUCUCAGACGUCACCAUCCACCUCGACAACGGUGAUCAGGUCAAGGCGCAUAAGGUCAUACUCGCCGCGCACUCAGAGCACUUCCGCAAGAUGUUCGAGAGUGUUUUCGUCAAGUCCUCCGCCCGCGACGUCUGUUUGCACGACGAUGACGCAGAGGAACUGUACGGGCUACUGGCAUGGUGCUACGGGCUGCUCUACGACGGCACCCACACCUUCCCCAAGCAGUCCUCUGCUGAUUAUCUCUUCAGCUACGGCGCUCGCGUCACCUACGAUCCUUCUCGCCUCCAAUACCUCGUCAACCUGCACACCACUGCCGACAAGUACAUGGUGCUACAGUUGAAAGUGCAUGCUAUGGAGAACUUCGCCUUGGCGAUGGAACAGUUGGUGAGGCGCUACGUGAGCCUGAUGGCGGAUGAAGAGGAAGAAGACCGCUUCAUGUCGGUCCUCGAGGAGAUUGCGACUCUUACGUACAACGGCCCAGAGCACCGCGUGAAAGAGCUUCGACCCGCUCUGGCCAAUGGAGUCCACAGCCACGAGGUCAGACUUGUGGACAAAGAGCGCUUCAAGAAACUCAUGGUGGAGCUGCCUGAGCUCUGCUUCGAUAUGCUGGCGUUGGGCACUGUGCCGUCUGCUCAGAGCGCCCAGGAGAUGGGGCGUUGGAUGUUUCCGGGGACAGCCACCCAGACUUUUCAAGGGAAACAAGGCGAGAGCUAUCUGUUCGGUGGCCACAAAAGCUCUUCUUGA